GCAAAUUCUCUCCGCCACUGGGUCUCCGAUUUCCUGCCGUCCGAACACUCGUCACCAUUCAUUACAAUUUUUUCGUGUGCUCUGUGAGGACGGAUUUUUCCUUUGCACGUAAAAGUGGUGAAUAAUGUCGGAAAAUCGUAAAUCUAAGAAGAGAAAGAUACAAGAAUUAUUGCAGGAUCUUUUGGAAAACUCAAAAAAGAAGACAUCGGACAAUUUAGGGCCAGAGGUGCAUUCCGAUAUUUUAGACUUGCUAUCAGUUUUCCUGUCAAAGGGCUUGGAUGCAGAUGGACGAAAAACUACCCUGGAACAAUAUCCUAUUUUAAAAAGGUUGUGAGGCUCUGAAACCACCAGAGAUAAAUCCUGAAAUUAAAUCUUGUUUAACACAGGCAGUAUUGAGGCACGAUAUGUGUCUAUCAAAACUGCAGGGUCAAUUAGCAGCAGCUAUAAGUGCCUUAGCUGUUCCUUCAAAUACCAUUUAUGAAGAACUUAAGAAAUCCGACACGCCACCAUCUACUCACGAGGAGUUGGAAAAAUUCGGGGAUCCAAUGAAGCUUGUGGCCGAUGCUUUCUAUUCUCCCUCAAAGCAUAGAAGCUAUUUAAUUGUUCCAUAUUUAGAUGACUCCGUUAAGGAUAUACAGAAUAC